AUGAGUUCAUCCGCAAAAGACAUUGCCGAGAUUAAAGUAUGCCGUCAACUUGCAUCUCGCUACAGCGGCGAUGCUUUGGCCGAAAUGUUCGGCGCCGCAAAACCAAACUACGAGGCUUCUGAGCUGAUAGUGUCAAGUCUAAGAAGCCUUGUUGCUAAGAGAAGCGUUGACAUCUCCCUGAUUCAAUUUCUUGACGGUCACCGUAAUUCUAAUCUAGAAGACGUGAUAAGAGAAGCGGAUCUGCUGACAAUACUUUUGAAGACGGGUAGUUCAUAUAGAACUAGUCAAGAUUUGCUAGCGGUUGAUCUGCUAGUACAGAAUCAUGGCGAAGCGGCGUUGGCAUCUAAACUCUGGCCUGCGUAUUUGGAGCGUGAAACAAAUCAAGUGGCAAGUCGAUUGUUAAGAGCACAGUUUUGGCGGUGGACUCAUUUUGAGUAUACGCAGAUUUUCAAGCUGCUUGGGCUUGGUGGUGACAUCGAUAAGGUGCUCACUCACCCAAAUUUGAUUAUUUUCAACUAUUACAUGCACGUGCUUAUGAUGGAGAAUCGUAUCGAGCGCUAUUCUCCGAUUAAUAGUUUUAUCGACGUUUUCGGCGAGGUACCAACUGCCAGGAUGCUCGAGGCUGCUAAGAAGUCCGAAUCGGUGAUAAAUUAUCAAGUCGGUUUAUUCAAGAAAUGGCAGACACAAUCGUUGAAAGACAUCAAGGCGAGGUUUGCUGGGGAUCCAGCCAGAAUAGACAAAGAUCUGUUUGAAAGGUACGAGGCGUAUUUGAACAGCCAAACAGCGAAGCCACAGUAA